AUGUCAGCAGCAGGUAUCUAUGGCGGAAAACGCACCGGCGUCCGAGUCGUCGUCGCCGGUGAUCGUGGCACCGGCAAGUCGACCUUGAUCUCUGCAGUGGCCACCGAAGCCUUCGACCGAAACGUCCCUCCUGUGCUCCCGCCGACGCGCCUCCCCGCCGAUUUGUACAACGAUCUCGUUCCCAUCACCGUCAUCGAUACGUCUUCCAGCUUGGAGAAUAGUAGUAAGCGCAAUGAAGAAUUGAAGCGGGCUGAUGUGGUGGUGUUAACUUAUGCCUGUGAUCAACCGAUGACGCUCAGUCGUCUCUCUACUUACUGGCUGCCUGAGCUUCGUCACUUGGGGGUGAAGGUGCCGGUUAUUCUGGUGGGAUGCAAGUUAGAUUUGCAAGACGAACAGGCGCCAAUGAGCAUGGAGCAGGUGAUGUCACCUAUCAUGCAGCAAUUUAGGGAAAUCGAGACUUGCAUUGAGUGUUCAGCAGCCACUAAUAAUCAGGUUCCGGAAGUAUUUUAUUAUGCUCAGAAGGCAGUCCUUCAUCCAACAACCCCGUUGUUUGAUCAAGAAAGGCAAGCUCUGCAACCCCGAUGCAUUAGUGCUUUGAGAAGGAUAUUUACUCUUUGCGAUCAUGACAUGGACGGUGCCCUCAAUGAUUCAGAACUGAAUGAAUUCCAGGUUAAAUGUUUUAAUGCUCCACUACAGCCUGCUGAAAUUGUGGGAGUUAAAAGGGUUGUACAUGAGAAGCUACCAGAUGGUAUCAACGAAAUUGGUCUUACCCUCAGUGGGUUCCUUUUUCUUCAUGCUCUUUUCAUUGAGAAAGGACGUCUUGAGACAACUUGGGCCGUCUUGAGAAAAUUUGGAUAUGAUGAUGACCUAAAACUUGCAGAUGAGUUUGUUCCAGUUCCAUCCAAGCGUGCUCCAGAUCAGAGCGUGGAGCUGACAACUGAAGCUGUUGAGUUCCUGAAGGGGAUCUUCCGUUUAUUCGACACUGAUAAUGACGGAGCCCUACAACCACAUCAGCUUGAGGAACUAUUUGCUACUGCUCCAGAAAGUCCUUGGAGUGAACUACCCUUUGAAGAUGCUGCAGAGAUAACAGCAUCAGGGAAUUUACCUCUUAAUGCGUUCCUGUCUGAGUGGGCCCUCAUGACACUAAUAGAUCCAAAGAAAAGUAUGGCUAACUUGAUAUACAUUGGAUACACUGGUGCUCCUGCUUCUGCGCUCCAUGUUACUAGAAGAAGAUCAGUAGAUCGUAAAAAGCAAAAAACUGAAAGAAAUGUCUUCCACUGCUUCGUGUUUGGUCCUAAAAAUGCAGGAAAAACCGCUCUUUUGAAUUCAUUCAUAGGAAGGUCUUUCUCAAAGAGUGACACUACAACAACUGGUGAGCGUUUUGCAGUGAAUGUUAUUAACCAGGUUGGGGGGAAUAAGAAGACUCUUGUAUUGAGAGAGAUACCAGAAGAUGAAGUUAAAACCUUUUUUUCUAAGAAGACCUUUUUGGCAGCCUGUGAUGUAGCUGUCUUUGUCCAUGACAGUUCAAGUGAACGUUCAUGGAAGAGAUCAAGGGAGCUCCUUGUGGAGGUUGCUAAGCAAGGAGAAGAAAGUGGCUAUGGUGUACCUUGCCUCCUUAUUGCUGCUAAGGAUGAUCUGGAUCCAUAUCCAAUGGCAGUACGAGAUUCACUAGGGAUUAGUCAGGAAUUGGGCAUAGAGGCACCUGUUCGUGUGAGCAUGAAGUUGAACACUAUGAAUGAUGUGUUCAAUAGAAUCCUAAGUGUAGCUGAGCAUCCUCACUUGAGUAUUCCUGAAACUGAGACUAGGAAGAACCGCAAGAAGUACCUCCAGGUUGUUAAUCGAUCACUUAUGUGUGUUUCAGUUGGCGCUGCUGCUGCCUUUGUUGGACUGGCAGCGUAUCGUGCAUAUUCAGCAAGGAGAAACGCUUCCGGUUAG